AUGUUUCCCUUUCAACUCAGAGCUUAUGAAGAAUCAGACGAGUUUUGUCCUCAUUGUGACAACCACUAUGUUAUUAACGCCAAGACUCCAUCAAUGGGUAUUGGUGUUGAAGGAGAUGAUCCUCGUCUAGUCAAGGAUAUGAGAGCCAAAGUUGCUCAAUUUAAUGAACCUGAUCUGAUGGCGGAUCGUUUGGAGUACUGGAAUGAAAUUGCACAUAGGAAGUCGUUUGCGUUCUGGGAACAGGCACAUGCGGAUGUGUAG